ACUAGUUAGCUGGUUAACGACUGCGUGAAGAUGCAACUGGCUCUAAGUAAAACGUUUGGUCAGAAGCCAGUGAAAUUUCAGUUAGAACAAGAUGGGGACUUUUACAUGGUUGGCUCGGAGGUUGGAAACUAUCUGCGAAUGUUCAGAGGCUCUCUGUAUAAAAGAUACCCGUCUCUAUGGAGGAGGCUCGCUUCAGUGGAGGAGAGGAAGAAAAUUGUAGCAUCAUCACACGCCACCAGUGUCACUCUGCUGAAGGCAUCAGAGUGUGAAGAGAUCUUUGAGGGUAACGAUGAGAAAUACAAGGCGGUGUCCAUCAGCACGGAGCCCCCAGCGUACCUCAGGGAGCAGAAAGCAAAGAGGAGCAGUCAGUGGGUCCCCACGCUGCCCAACAGCUCCCACCACCUUGAUGCUGUGCCUUGCUCCACCACCAUCAACCGCAACAGGAUGGGCCGUGACAAGAAGAGGACCUUCCCCCUGUGCUUCGAUGACCACGACCCUGCAGUGAUCCAUGAGAACGCAGCCCAGGUGGAGGCUCUGGUUCCCAUUCGUCUGGACAUGGAGAUCGACGGACAGAAGCUGAGAGACGCCUUCACGUGGAACAUGAACGAGAAACUGAUGACCCCGGAGAUGUUUGCAGAGAUUCUGUGUGACGACCUGGACCUGAAUCCUCUGGCCUUUGUCCCCGCCAUCGCCUCAGCCAUCCGUCAGCAGAUUGAGUCCUACCCCACUGACAGCAUCCUGGAGGAGCAGGCCGACCAGAGAGUCAUCAUCAAGCUGAACAUCCACGUGGGGAACAUCUCUCUGGUGGACCAGUUUGAGUGGGACAUGUCAGAGAGGGAGAACUCCCCCGAGUCGUUCGCCUUGAAGCUGUGCUCGGAGCUGGGUCUGGGCGGAGAGUUUGUCACCACCAUUGCCUACAGUAUCCGUGGUCAGCUCAGCUGGCACCAGAGGACGUACGCCUUCAGUGAGAACCCACUCCCCACGGUAGAGAUCGCUAUCCGCAAUACAGGAGAUGCAGACCAGUGGUGCCCCCUGCUCGAGACCCUCACAGAUGCUGAAAUGGAGAAGAAGAUUCGAGACCAGGACAGAAACACAAGGCGUAUGAGGAGACUGGCCAACACUGCUCCGUCCUGGUAAAAGAGACAUGAAGCUGCACUAGUCGACGUGUCCUCUGGAGUCUCUUGUUAUUCUUAAUCAAGUAAAUUCACAGAGAGUUACACACACACACACACACUCAUACACACACACACACUCAUACACACACACGCGCGCGCGCACAGGUCAUCAUGAAGCAUCUGGAUGUUCCUGUGAGCAUGAACACAGACGUGAUCAGUCUCCAUGAGCGUCUCACUGACUGAACACUGAAAACACACAUCCAGGCAUUCCUCAUCUUCAUCAUCUUCAUCAUCAUCACCAUGUUUCACUCUGCCUGUAGGACGUCAGUCGACUCACAUCUGACCUUAUAUCGCUGGUGUUAUAGUGUCUAUUACUGUUAUACACACACACACCAGGCAACCUUCACACUACACAACAAAACAAGAACAAUGACUGAGCUCAGUGAUUCUAUAUGAAUGAGUGUGUGAUGUGACACUGACCUGGACAGUGACUGUGAACCAUCACCACGACAACACUGACAACUGAAGUUUGAAUUCUUCCGACUGACAGAGUUCUGUCAUCUCCUCCUGUUCAUCACGGUCACAUGACUGAAUGAUGUGUGACUGAGCUUGUUUAGAUCCUGAUCUAAUGAACAUGUAGUGCUGCACCACUGGGUUUAUUAAUCAAUUAGUCGAUCAACAGAAAAAUGAUUGAAGUUUUGUCCCAGCUUCUCAGAUGAGACGAUUCGCUGUAAACCCAGUCUCUGUGGGUCUGUCAGACAGAACAAGACGUCACCAUGAGCUCUGAGAAGGUGUGAUGUACGGUGGCCCAGAGAGCUCAACACACUGCACCUUAAGAAAACACAUGAAAUCAGACAAAACACAAACAACUUCA